AUGUCCUUCCAUAAUAAAGUAUCUCUCCCGACACCCGAGGCCGCGGUAGCUACUGCCCGCUUGUACUGCUCGACAUUAUCGACCAAGGACGUUAAAUGGUGGAAAUCCGAUCACGCCUCCGCGUAUCGGCAGGUUCCGUGUUCGGUUCAGUCUCGUAAGUUCACCGUCAUUCUGCUCAAAGACCCUGAGUCGGGUGCGGUCUCAGGAUUCUAUCACGUGGCACAACCCUUCGGGGCCUCCAGCUCGGUGAUCAAUUAUUGUAGAGUAAGUCAGGCCUUGGCUCACCUCGGUCGAGUCGUCCUCGCUAUCCCAGUGAUCAAUUAUUUGGACGAUUACUUUGGCGUAGAAUCUUCGGCUACGGCCAACUCCGCAUAUGAGGCAUGGGUGUGGCUUCACAAGGUGAUAGGCUUCCGUUUAAACGAGAAGAAGGCUGUACCACCUUCCACCGAGAUCCCAGUAUUGGGGCUCGACAUAGCUAUCGAUGGUGAUUACAUUGUUCUGUCGGUUCCAGAUGAUAAGCGCGCCCAACUAAUUUCUUCGAUCGAUGGAGUGUUGCAGGAUGACCGCUUGCCAUCUACAACGGCUCAUAAGUUGAUAGGGAAGUUGACGUUUGCUAGCGGGGCCUUGGAGACUUCUGCCCCAAGGUCCUACCUCAGAGUCCUUCAUAAGUUCGUCAAUCAUUGGUCGUGGAGAGCCCGUGAUCGCUUAUGGCUCGAGGUGAGAAAUGCUCUUGUCAAUCUCUCGGCUCUUUUGGCAAGCUCCAAUUCAGCGAGGAAGGUGCCGCUUCUUUUCCCUAGCUCGGAUGAGGCUAUCAGUGCGGUCCUUUAUACAGACGCGUGCGGCAAUGGAGGAAUCGGUGCUGUUUUGGUGGCCAAUGACUUUAAAAAGCCAGUGUACUUCUCAUCCGUUCUCUCCUCCGUCUUACAACAGGGUCUCUUCGAAGGAAAAGACGAUAUCAACAUACUCGAGUUAUACGCCGUUCUUGCCGCACUACAAUCUUUCGGUCAGUAUAUAGUUGGUAGAUGGUUGACUAUCUUCGUCGACAAUACGGCGGUAGAGUAUGCCCUGAUCAAGGGAUCUUCCUCCUGUCCUCUGAUGAACAAGAUGAUUUUCUUUUUUUGGGCGAAUGUUGCUCGGCUUCAGCUCAAGGUGUGGGUGGCUAGAGUGGCAUCAAAGUCCAAUCCGGCUGAUGCUCCAAGCCGCCGCCACUUUGAUUGUCUUACUGCCUCCUUCAGUCGUAAGCGGCCAGUACUUCCUGCAAUCUAG